AAAACUUGAAAUAAGGAAAUGCUUUCGGGGGAAAAAAUCGGAAUGCAAUUUUCACGGUUUCAGAAAGUUUCUUUUGUCAUCACGAUCAACUCGAUGCAGCAUUCUGAGCUCUUUACUCGAAUUUAGUUGACUUCCGGUUUUUAAACCCGGAAGCUUGAAACUUCAUCUGAUUACAUUCAUCUGAUCUCCUCCCAGACCUGUGGGCAAGAACUAACAAUAUUCUACAUUAUUCACCAAGAACUGACAUUAUUCUACAUUAUUCACCAAGAUUCGGCUGUGCUUUGUUUUUGCAGGAACAUAAUGAAUCUGCAGGAAUACUUCAGAAGGAUCGGGUUUGGCGGCGUGUACGAGAAACCCGACUUGGCCACGCUCCGCACCGUCCACCAGCUGCACGUGAUGAGCGUCCCCUUCGAGAACCUCAGCAUCCACUGUGGAGAGCGGAACACCAUGGACCUACAGAUCAUUUAUGAGAAGAUCGUGAGAAACCGUCGUGGAGGAUGGUGCUCUGAAAACAACCUUCUUUUCUCCUGGGUGCUGAGAGAGAUGGGUUACAAAUACACCACACUUGGUGCUAAAGUCUUCAACACGCUCAAAAAUGACUUUAAUCCCAUGGAUUCCCAUCUCAUUAACAUGGUGGAGAUCGAAGGCAAGCCGUAUGUAGCUGAUGUGAGUUUUGGAAUGUCGUACCAGAUCUGGUACCCGUUAGAAAUGAUUGCAGGUAAAGAUCAACCACAGCCAUCAGGGAUCUUCCGCCUGCUGAAGGACGGUGAGACUUGGAUGCUGGAGAAGACCGGAAGGAAGCCGGUGGUCCAGAAUGAAGCCUUCGCCAGUUCCAGCCUCGUCGACAAACGGCUGACGAAAACGAUACACUCAUUCGUAUUAACGCCACGUGGGAUUGAUCAUUUCCUGAACACAAGUGAGUACCUGCAGACCAGCCCCGAGUCUCUGUUCACCCAGAAAUCCAUCUGUUCCCUCCAGACCCCAUCUGGGUUCAGAGCUCUGAUUGGUUGGACCUACAGUGAAGUCACUUUUAACCCUGACGAAGACACGGACAUCAUCGAGAUGAGAGAUGUAGCUGACAGUGAGAUAGAGACUAUACUAAAGCAUAGGUUCAACAUCGUUUUAGCUAAUAAACUAAUGCCAAUAAAUAACAAAGCUUCAUAUAGACUAUAAGGCAUUUAUAUCACACAUAUCUAAAUAUCAUAACUUAGUUUUAAAUACUAACGGGCAUUCUGAAUUUUCAGUGCUUACUUAUCUCCUCUCUUAUCAUCUGGCCAUCUGACUAUAGUCUCGUCCACUGGACUUGAUCUGGAUCUGGCACUUAAUUUUUAGAGGGCUGGGGAUUUCUGAAUAAUUAGCCCCAAAUCUACAAUAAUGCCCAGUCAACCACAGGCAACAACAAAGCUUCAAUUAAACUAUAGAACAUCUCAAAUGAUUUAGCGGUUUUAGUUGAUGUCCAACAUGAAAUUUUCUAGGUAUAAAUCUUGGAAAAAAUAAAAAAAUCAUAGAAAAUGUUACAAUCAUGGUACCAUCACUACUGACUCCAGUAUGUCUUAUAGCAUCACUCCGAGACUGAAAUAAAGUGUAUUAUUAAUCAUCUCUAUGUUACCAUUACUACUGACUCCAGUAUGUCUUAUAUUAUCACUCCGAGACUGAAAUAAAGUGUAUUAAUCAUC